AUGGCGACACUGGAUCGCCAAAUGCCAAGUCUGGAUACCUUCCUUUGCGAACCUUGGUCCUCCUUCGUCAGUGCCUCUAAAUUACGUUUUGUUGACAGUAAGUUCGCACGUCGGUAGCGUUGUUGUUUUUGCAGGCAAAGUGUCGGGAAGUGCGUGGUCCAACUGUCUGUGAUUGAGUUGAGUAAGCCCCUCCACCAUGCAGGGUCUGUCAAAGCGCAGCAAAGUAACUGUCAGAAAUAUUACUACGAAAUGCAAAAAAAUGAUACACCGUUUGAAUUACCGGGCACGUGCGGGCGAGACACGGCUAACCGUUACCGUGCAGAGUUCGUAGAAUUGGCGCGUGCCGUACAGUUAGUGUGUGAAACUGUGUCCAGCUGUAAGUUUGUUAGCUUUGACAGCUUCACUCAGCUCAGGCGCUAGCAAAGGCUAAUGCUAACCCAUGAUAGCCAGCAGCCACCUCGGACCAGCAUGGCUCCACGCAUGUCCCCCCAAAGUUUGUUGUGAAUGCCCCUGCGUGUUUGUAAGUGGCUGUUUUUGUUUGUUCAGACGCAGACUCGCCUUUGGAUAACAGCGACGGAGAGCUUUGCUGUCUUGGUGAAGCCGUGAAGCUCGGUCCAAAAGGUAAGGAAGUUACACUGAUGGAUAAAUGACGCUGUCACGUACACAUUGGUGGUUUGUUAUGGUUAGAUUCUGCACCAUUAAGCACAAUGGGUGUCUAUAAUUUAAUCCCUUACGACAUUUACCACUAAUAUCGGGCUUCAUUUUUACACUAAGCAUGUUUUAUAACCAUAGUUUUAUGUAGUCUUAAUAAGAUUACUUCAUACGUGUAUCUGUACUACAAAUGAGAAGUACAGUUAGAUUCCUGGAUGAGGCUUCAACUAGAUAGAUAGAUAGAUAGAUAGAUAGAUAGAUAGAUAGAUAGAUAGAUAGAUAUACUUUAUUGAUCCCAAACUGGGAAAUUCACUUGUUACAGCAGCAAUAAAAACACAAAAUAAAAUUAAAUAUAAGAAGUAUGUACAAUACAGUCUAAAUAUACUAAAUAAAAUUAAUAAAUACAGACUAAAUAUACUAAAUAUAUUCAAUAAAUUCAGACUAAAUAUACUAAAUAUAUUCAAUAAAUACAGACUAAAUAUAUUCAAUAAAUUCAGACUAAAUAUACUAAAUAUAUUCAAUAAAUACAGACUAAAUAUAUUCAAUAAAUUCAGACUAAAUAUACUAAAUAUAUUCAAUAAAUACAGACUAAAUAUACUGAACGUCCUAAGAGAAAAAGUGAGAUAUGAAAAAAGUGGGCUAUCCGCUGGUAGUACUAAUCUGAAAUGAGUAAUAAAUAUGAAAUGUGAGAUAUACAGAUGGGAUAAUAAGUAAACAAACAAUUUAAUGUGCUCAGUAAUGUGUUGUGGUAGGAGUUUUUAAAAAAUGGACUAUACAGCAGACAGAUGUGAGUCUCUGUCCGACAGAUAUGAGUUAUUGAAUAGUGCUAUUUCUUGUGGCAGGAAAGAUUUCCUGUAUCUGUCUCUUUGACAGCGGAGCUGCAACAGUCUGUUGGAGAAGGAGCUCUGCUGUCUGUCCAGAGUGAUGUGGAGAGGGUGGUCAGGGUUAUCAUGAUGGAUAACAGUUUGGUCUAAUGAUUGAUCUGACAAUGUGGAGAAAAAAAUGGCACCCAGACUGACAGGAAGUUGACAAAAAAUCCUCCUACACAUCAGUCUCAUGAUAAAAACAUCCAAUAAAGUUGAAAAUAGCUUUUGCAGGAGUUAUGAAUGUCAUUUUAACAGUACUAGUAGAUAUUAUAUAACUCUUUCCUGCUCCCGAUUGAUUUUUGAUUUCAUAGCCACAGUCCACUGCCACUGUCUGUUACUUCUUGCUAUGAAGAGAAAGUUGUUGCUUCAGACUCAGGUGGAUCAACUGUAAUCUUGCAAAUGCCCAGAAAAAAUGUGGUCAAAAGAUGAAAACAGAGUGACACUUAAGACCCCUCCGCUCUGUGCUGGGGUGUUGCUUACCAUGUCCGGGUUCCAGUCUGCUUUUGACACACUGGUCCUUACAUAAAGCUGGAGAUCAGAGACUGUGGGGUUUGUGUCAGUAUAAGGCAAACUGUAAUUCCAUAAUUCAUGAAUCUGUUACAUAUUUAAUAGGUCUUCAUUAUAAACGAAAAUCCUUUAGAAGGGCAUGUCGUGUCAUGGGUUUGCAUUUAUUUGCAUUCAAGAGUGUAUGAUCAUUUAAACUAGACGCUAAGUGUCUUUAAUGGGGGCUCAGAUUAUCAUAGUAGAUACACUGACUGAACACAGUUAAAUCAUGUGCAUGUGUAUGUGUAGGGAGUAACAGGGUGCCCCCAAGCUGUAUGUGGGUGCUUCCACCACCCUCCCCAGGAGACACAGUCAGAGGAGUUCCUCCACACCUCACCACGUAAAAAUACCUACAGGAGCACGCGCCGCACACUAACACGGUUGAGUCAUCCCUCAAAGUUUCUGCGUACUGCAGCCCUCGUAGGAACACACUGACGCACACAGGCAGCCGGGGAAACUCUUCUCACUCUCUCUGGUCAAAUACCAACACCCCCCACCUCCCACACACGCAUACACAUACACAUUCACUUACAUGCCUCAUCUUCCUCUCUCAGAGCCAAACCUGAGUGGUGUUCCCAGAAUUGCUGAUCUGUUGGCAACUUGACACCGAGGCCUGCUGAGAGUGAUAUGCAUGCUCAAACACAUAUGCUACAUUAAGACAUUGAGAGAGAAUUCGUACAUGCGUUUUUUUGUGUGUGUGUCACAGGAAGAGUUGUGACUUAUUGUGGGUUUGUGCGUUACAUGUUCACUCUCUUGUCACUGCACCAAAUAUUUGUAGAUGUUGUUGAGGCCAGUGUGGCGAUAUGUGGUGUGUGGUGCAGAACGUGAUCGGUGUCUGUCCCUUCCUCGCUCUCUCAUACACACAGACACCACACAAACACACUUUAGCACACAGUUGAUGACAACCAAACAGCAACUAAGUCAGGCUACACUGUCAUCAUCUCACUGGAAAUAGACAGUGUUGUAACAUUGCUAUUUGUGCCUUCACUGCUGUCUUCAGACGGGAUGGAAAUCAACCGGAACAUCAUGCAAUUUAAACCCUGAGAUACAGUAUGAUAAGGACAUCUCUGCAAGCAUGCUUUGAAUGUUUUUCUGUACCAAAUGAUUAUCAAACACAAGGGCGCAUACCACAUGAUUUAGCAGGAUUCAACGCAUGCCUUGCAUGAACUGAAAGCAGAGAAGUCUCAUGUUUCUAUCAGACAUUACAAAAAAGGUUUUUUAAUGAUUAAGCUAAUGUCACUCCUAUUACAAAGUCAUUCCUCAAGUAUAGCUCAAAGAAAACACUAAAAGUGAUAGCAGCGCGGUACAGCGCAAAAUCAAACAGUGUGCUAAAAAAGAAAAAAGGAGAAAGUCCUCAAGAGGGCAAAAUUAAUUGGCAUCUUUUUAAGGCCAUUGUUCAAAUCAUUUGUCUCCAGAGACAUUAAAAUACACCAGACCAGACCCAACCUGUGAUCAUUUGUUGCUAUUAUGUGACAAGAAAGUGGUUAGAAAUGCAAGCAAAAUGUCACCAUAGGCACAAAGCGCUUAUAAAGUUUUUAGCAUAAUCUUCAGCUGUUUAAGUAAUGAAGAAAAUGAUAGUAAAAAAAUUUAACAUGCAGAAUAAAAGUAGUCUCUCUGGUAAAAUAAGGAGAAUGUGUGUCAAAAUGAAAUAUAUCAAUAGGAUAUAAUGAUAGUUUUAACCUAGAUUUGUAUUUGGUAUUUUUAGACAAAUGGAGCGAACAGUUGGAGGUGGCAGUCCUGAGUCUGAAAUAUUAGCUGCCAGCUAACCACUCUAAGGCUUGUUUUCUCAACCAGACAUUUUGUUGCUGUACCAGUAAUUAUCUGGUGUGCCAGAUGAAAACAAACAGCGUUGGUUAAAGCUGUUGCUGUGGCUUGUUGUGCCCUUCUUCUCUGUAACGGUUGUGGCACAGCGAUUACUCAAACACAGCACCUAACUGCCAGAUUUCCCCUCGGCUGCUUCAUUUGUGCUCUCAGGGAAACUUGUUUCUCAGUGAAGUUUGGUUAUUACUAUGCCGUUGUCUGCCAAACCCCAGUUUUCUCGAGUAGGACUGAGUAAGUUGCUCUUCUCUUCUUCUCCCGAUGUUAAAAGUUAUUGCAUAUGCUCACUAGGAAGCGUGCAUCUCUAAUGCACCGAUAGGAAGUUGAUUUACAUGUUGUAAAUGUAUCAGUGUCCGGUGAUGCACUGUUUUAGUAGCUCCAAACUUGUGUAUUCACCAGUGAGUGAUGUUUUUGUAGUUCAUUUUCUGGCCUGUCAGUCAUUUGGCAGCCUGUGAAACUUGGCUUGAGACAAACACACACACAUAAUUCAGGCUGCUGAAAUAGGUUACGUACUUAGCUUGCAUUUGACUUGGCAGAUUCAGAGGAAAUUGCAUUCUUGCUCCUUUUUCGUACUCCCUCUCAACUCCUUUUCUGUCACUGUAAACACUGAGAUUAUCUGUUUGCCAGAAGACACAUUCUUCCCAUGAUGGUUUUCCAGUAUUUGGCUUAGCUUUGCUUGGAGUUUAUCAGUGACCAAAUGAGCUCAUUUGCCCAAAAUGAUUGCAAACUAAAGUGUAGAGUUUUUGUUUUCUGGGCUCUAAUCAAAUGUGUAUUUUUCAAAGGUAUUUAUUUGUUGUUUUUUUUAAUUGUAGCUCAGAAAUGGGUAGUCUUGGUUCAGUCAAAACCAAACACUAUUUUGAAUUUCUUUCUAAGGUAAGGCAAAAAUUUGAGAGUUCGUGCCGUGGCUUAAAUCCAGGAGCAUGAGUGAGAAAUAAUCUCCUCUGUAUCGACAAGGUGAACUUGUGCAAAGCAUCUUACUGCUAUCUGCUUCAGUGCAGCUGCUCGGCAUCUUCGAGUCUUUCUGAUAUGAAAAACUCUUCAUCUCCUGCCAGUAUCAGUUUACUUUAUCACUCAUGUAUUACAGUUGGAGCUUUAAUUUGAUUCAGUGUUCAUUACUCAUCAGUAUUUGUUCAACAGCAACCUGGAACGAGUCAGACUCAGAAGCUGUCAGAUAUGUGAGCAUGAGUAAUGAAACCAUCUCUGAGCUUUUACAGUAUGCACACACAUGACAUGCUCACAUGCAUGUGUGUGUAUUUGUGACCCUGUGUGAACUAGCACACAGGCUUUAAUGGAACCGCGCUUGACAGCCAUCUCUGUUAUUUCUCAGAUCACCCCGCUAAAGUGAUAAUGCCUCACAGUCGUAAACUCUGCGGCGCCCACACAUUCUGUAAUUUUUCCUUGUUAGCUUUCAAGAAAAAAAAAUAGACAUCCAUAUGCACAUACACACACACACACACCCCUCACCACCCCUCAGCAAUUCUGGCUUAAGCCUCAUGCUAAUAAGUGCUGUGAUUUCUGUCAGCAGAGCUUGUUUGGGUACAGGAAGAUUAGGUUCUCAAAGCUUAGCCAGAGGAGAUAAUAGCUAUUUUCCAUUGGACAUAUUUGUUUUCCCUCAGUAUUUCUAUUAAUCCUCAGUUUUUGUUGAGUGGGUGGAGUGUCUUUUGUAAAUCCAGUCACAAUGUUGCUGUACCCUGGCGGGGACAUGCAACUUUGUGACUGGAGUAAUUGUGUAUCUGUCUCGAUCUUCAUGCCUGUCUGUAAAGUAAAUAAACAUUCCCUGUUAUGUUUGUUUGAGGUGAGCUGUUGUUCAUGAUGUAACAUGAGGGUGUUAAUUUUGGCUUCAGACAUCUCUGUACAAAAAGUACAAUUUUAAAGCUUGUUUCUACUCAAAGCUAAAUGCCAAUGUUCGCUCUCUUUGUUUAUUUUUUGGUGGAUUAAUUUAGCUGAUAUAGUCUUAAUCAUAAACUGUAAAAUGAGAUCGAUGACAUGAUGGCACCCCCAAAGCGAAGACAAAUGUUUGGUUGUACUCCCUACUGCCUGGCUGCAGUAUCAGUCGUCAGGCUCACCUUCUGUGUAUUUGCAGGUUUGACAUUAGGCAAAUAUAUUUAACAACAUGCAUCAUUAACAUUGUCAUCUAAGUUAAUUUAUUCAUACUGGUUUAUGCUUAAUUAUUGAUUCUCCCGAGGAGUUAAAAAUUGGGUUAGUGAAACAGUGAAAAGGUGAGAGUCCAACUCCCUAAUGGGUGUUUUGUUCUUGAAUGUGACAUCACAUUUGUAGACGUGGAGAUGAAGAUGCAUCAUUCAUCUAUAUAUAUGGUGGAAAGCCUGAAAUAAAAAUCAUGAACAUAUAACUAUUAAUACGAAUAGUUGGGAUUUUAAUAUAUCAGAGGGCUAAAAGUUAAAUAUUUGUUCCUUUUAUACCCAUGAUUAAAAAGGAAACUGCACAGUUUUCGAUAUUUAGCUUUAUUUUGCUUUAAAUGUUCAUAGCUUGGUUAUUUGAAUUUUUUUUUCAAUGGAUAGAGUAAAAAAAUUUAAAUAAAGGGGUGAAUAAGCUGCACAGUGAAUUAAAAAGAAUUUGGUUAAACUGUGACGAUACUUUUCAACUUUAGUUAUUCAUGCUGAUGUUGAUGCUGUCUUGGAUUAACAGUGGUGAACCAUUUUGGCCAAAAUACUCCAGGUAUAAUACGCCAUUAUUUGCCAACUAACGGUAAAGCUCAAGACAUUGAGCUGGUAAAAUAUAAUCAGGCUACAAUUAGUGCUUAGUAGUGUCUGUGUCCUCACAAUUAAAGCUGGAGCCAUCUUCAAUGUAAGGUACAGAACUUAAUAAUGUACACAUCCACACUUGGAUAUUAGGUGUCAUUUAUAUGGAUGAAAAAGAACGAGUCGCUUGACAAAAUUAAAAAAAAAAAUUUAAAAAAGGCAUAGAUAUUUAUCCCAAUCUAAAUUGCCUAAUUUGUAUUAGUGAACAAAAGAUGACUUGCCCCUCUUGGAUUAUAAAGUUUACCUCACCAGACCUUACCUUUUGAAUAUCCAGUCAUAUAACACAAAACUGUGUAUUUACUGUAAAUAGGCUACUUGUAUGCAGCCUACAUCUAUAGAAUCCUGCAUUCCUGAAAUACUACUAAAUCAGAGAUCUAAAUAUAAUAAAAUGAUGAGGGUGAUUGCCAUUUGAAAAGCUUUAAAUCAGACAUCAAUUGUGCAAUUUCUGUGAUUGAGUUCAAGCAUGCAUGUUCUGCCUUUUGAAGGAAAAACUGCCAAAUCUUCCCAUGGGUUUGCAAAGGUAUUCUUUUCUCACCUGUCUUGUUUUAUCUUUUCUGUAACAUACUCUUUCUCCUCUGUCCUCGCAGGGAUGCUCAUCUACAGCCAGUUUCCAGCACUGGAGGAUUUUUGUCUUGUUGUCUGCCAUGUCUGCAAUCAGGUGGUCACUCCUCAGGGCAUCCUCACACACUAUGGUAAGAACCACAGUACACACACUGUACACACACUCACAAAGAAUCCUAGAGGCACAGUGCCACACAAAAACCUCAGGGCAUAAUCCCACUCUUCGCUGAGGUAUUCUUACACACACACUCCUUGGGGUGUCUCCUGCUGCAACACAGGAGCACAGAAUCAACACACUCAUGCACACAUAGAGAAAUGGAGCCAGAUAAAGUAAUUCAACAAUAAAAAAUACAAUUUAUCCCUGCAGGGCGCUUUAAACAAUAGUCUAACUGCAACUUAUCCUCCACAAACAAACACCACUUGGUUCUGCCUGCUAAUGCUCAAAGGGCUUAUUAUAAGUGAAAAACACUAAAUAAUUUACAGCUAAUGAACCAGAUGUGGCAUUGUUCUCAGGCUUAUUCUUAAUUCAAGGAAUAACCGUAUGGACAAAGCCAAUUAUGAGAAUAAGAUUACCUCUCUUGAGUAAAUACCUUUAGAAGAGGCUGAUAUUCUCCUAAGGAAAAGGCAGAUUUAAAGGGAUGAUUGUUUGAUUUAAAAACAAAUCCAAAGGGGUUUAUUUUCAAUCUCACUUCACUGCUCUGUUUCUUCCUUUUCUUCCAUCUCUAUCUUUUGGUUGAAAUUUGUUUUUUUUUUGGAAUCAGAAAGUUUCAGAAAAAUCGUUCACAGUUCCUCGAGGGUCCAAAACACAUAACCACUCAGCUGCAUAUGUUAUAUAUACCUGAAGGCUCACCAUCAUUCCCUAAAAUCCAAUAUUUGUUGCUAUGGAGACUGCAGUCCUGUCCAACAAACCUUACGGAUCUUUUUUAGAUGCUGCUCACCGACAGUCAGCUGUUGUAACAUUAAAAUUCAAAAGAAGAGUUCAUACUGAUAUUCAUAUAACCAAUUACCAACAUUUUAUCAAAGAAAGGGUUGUUUUGUGGUGACAGUUUUGAUCCCAGUCUUUGAUUGGCUCUCCAACCUGUCCGUCUACCUCUUGUUUGCUUUUGAUUGAGGCCCUACUGAUCGUGCUCGCAUCUGCCCGCGAGCUGCUGCUUCCUUCUGUCGGUGGCACGUGCACCAGCCUGAGCCGUCUGUUUGAGUGGGGCGGGGGAGACACAUGGUCACGCUUAAUGAGCACGCACACACACAUACACACACUCAGACGCACGCACACACACAGGCACUCACAUACUUCUCCCUGAGAGGAGAGAGGCUGGUGGAGUUACAUGCACACACAUUUUCACUUUCUGGUUCUCAGCAGAAAGAGGUCAGUGGUAUUGCGAGACACACACACACAAACACGCGCACAACACAAACACACACAUACAGUAUACACACAAACACACUCAUAGACUUCUGGCAGGCGCUGUUGUUUUGUCCCCGCUCCUGCCCCCUGCAGGUCCCCGCCCCCCCUUCCUCUCUCUUGUUGGCUGCGAUUCGGCUUGCUGACACGCAUACAGAGUCGGUUAACAACAGGUCUAAAAUACACACAUACACACACACACAUGCGCAUACACAAUCAAGAGGGGGAAUCUCCUGAGAGUUCCCCGAUAAAACAAAACCCUUUUUUGGGGCCAAACAUGAUAACAAGCAGGCCAAGUCACAUGCAGACAAGUAGAAAAGUCUUUAGUUUGAGUCAUUUUGCACAUCUUUGUUAUCAUUUGUACUGUUUUGCAGUGACCCAGAAGUCAAACUGCCCUGCAAUGACAGAUGAUUCAUGGACUUCAUUAUUAAAUUUGGAGCAUAACUUACACCACAACUCUGUGUCAUGACAUGAAAAAUGCUCCCCCUGACCUCUGCUGAGUGGAUGGUCUCUAGGACCUGACCCUGUCAAGAUAUUCUCCCGAUGUUUUAUGCAUUUCCUCUCAUUGUUGCCCAUUCAAAUCAUGUCAGUGUAAUAUCCUCAAAAGCAUAACUCUAUUAUUCCCUGCUGGUGGUUUCUACCUCAAAUGUGGCUUUUUUAUCCGCUGCUGUGGCCUUGUUUUAGUCCGUGUGUGUGUGUGUGAGACAUGGGAUUCUGCUUUCAUGCUUGAGAGUGCAUUGAAUCAGCACCGAGGCUUUGCAUAUACAGAAAUGCAUGCGUGCACAAACUCACACAGACAGAGAGAGAGAGAGAGAGAGAAAAAGAGAGAGAGAGAGAGAGAGUAGGGAGGGGGUUUGCUGCCUCAGGGGUCAGUGGCUGUAAGUUACACACGCCUAGUUUGCUGCUCAAGCUUUGCUGCGUGUGUGGAAGACAGUGUUCACUCCUUGAACUAGGGACCUGAAGUGGAUGCAUGCUGGAUAUAGUCCACGUUUGUGUUCAAAAAGGUUAACAUAUACUGUAAUUGAUCAUCAGAGACUUGCCCCAUUUAGUGGAUUUGUUUAUUUAAAUCUCCUUAGAGUAAAGCAUGCAUGUAUAUUCUAAGCAUAAGUGGCCCCAGUGGGAUAUCAAAUAAAUCCCUUACACUGGCAGCGACUGUAGCGUGCAGUCUCAAGAGAGCUUGUAAAAAGAAAAUGUGCAAAGAAAUAAUAAUUUUAUGCUUUUGAAUGAUCCUUAAAGCUUAUUUUGGACAGACUGGGACAUAGUACAGAAUUUUUUCCCCAAUAAAGAUGUGUUCAUUUUUGAGUGUUUCCACACCUCUGUGGCUGUGUGUUUGAGGUAAAUUGGCACUACAAGCCAUGUCCAGAUAUUUCACUGUAUUCCCUUCAAUUUUCUCAUCUACUACCUUUUCUUUUUGCCUUUCUUUGGUUCCUCUUCCCUGCCAGUGACCUGUUGUGUGUGAGCAAGUCAAGUGCACGAUGAAAGGCUCUUGGCGUUGCUCUCGCGAACUUUUCUCUGUUGUGGUGGAUUAAUUGAGCUCUGAAGCAAGUUGAAAAAGAAAAUCAGUCCCCCAUUUUUCCUUUGGUUUCUGCUCAUUUCUAACUUAACAAGUGUUUUGUGCUGCUCUGUGCUUCUGCUUCUGAGUUUGUUGUUUUGUAAAAAUGUGAUAUAGUGUGUCUGUCUGUGUGUGCGUGCAUGUGUCUGGCCUGUGGUUUCGUCGUUUAUUUCACAUAGUAGCGUUGGAAAGUUUUGCCCUUAACCACAGAAGCAGUGCUGAGUUUCGUUUAUUGGGGAUGUUGCUUGUGUUGUGUUAUUGUUAUUGCAGCCGGGCUGUGUGCGAGCCAUUAGCUGAGGCUCUGACCAAUUAAAAUGCCAGCUGCUACUGUAGAUCAGAGGGAGUUUCUUUGCUCUCUUUUCUUAGCACUCAGGUUUGUAUGGGCUUGAAAAAUAAGUGUUCAGUCUGAAUGUUUUGGUACCUCAUCUCAGGACCAAAGAGGGGACAUUACUGAAAAGAAAUCCCCCUCUGCACACAGAAUCAUACGAAGGAUGUUAUAUACAGGAAGUAGCAAAACAUGUGAAUUGUCUUUUUAUGGUCUUCUCUUGCACCACUGGCAUGAGUGUUUGUAAAUUCAACCCUGUGUCAUUGUCAGUGAUUGUCAAUAGUUAAGUUUGAGAAUGUUGAGCAACAGAUUCAUACACUCUGGAACCUGGCAUGUUCAAGAUGCUCUGAUGGCAUGAAUGGUAACAACCGCUGUUGCCUGCCAAAGCAAAUAAUUUCAACAAUUAAUGACAAUAUAACACAAAAAUCAUUAACAGUCAGUGUUGUAUCUUAAUAGGUAUGUAAAUACAUACAUAUACUCACAUACAUGUACAUACACAGCCAUUUUUUACUUCCAAUACGAAAUCGAUACCUUCAAUAUUGAUCGAUAUUGAUCCGAGAUUGGCACAAAAUUGUGUAUGACAAGUUUUUCACUCAGCUGCAUUGUCUUUUUCGGACUUAAAUGAAAAAUACUGCCACACGGCUGACAUCACUCUGAGGGAUGGGAAUCGAAAACCAGUUCUUGUUGAGAACCGGUUCCAAAUGGUUCAAUCCAUCGACAUCAUUUACAUUUUAUCUUAAUGAUUCCCAUAUCAAUUCCUUUCUUCCAGGUGUCUUGAAAAACGGUUUCUUGAGUGCCAGUGGGUGCAAAUGAGAACAGAGACAGAGAAAAAAACAUGGCGGAUAGUAUGAAAAGUGCUUGUACUUAACGCAACCUUAUUUACUCCUCAUGUGGCUCUGCUGCUGAAAGCUGGUUCAGGAAGCUCUUACUGACUGUUUAAGACAGCGGGCAGAUAAGGAGAAAGUGAGCUUUAGUUUCUGUUAGUUCCAAUUUACAUUUAUACAAACUCCCUCUUCUCGUGGUUUCCGAUUCUUACAAAGGCCUGUCUCAGUUUCUAAGCUGUUGGUGCUGUGUCUGUACAUUGUUGCUUACUAAUAACGUAUCAACAGUGUCAACAAGUAAGUGGAAAAAAACAUACUGAAGAGCUGAAUUGAGUGUAAGACAGUCAGACUGGUGUCGAUUGUUUUUCCAUCCCAUUAUGUCUUGCUGUAACAUGUUCACUAAGGUGUUCUUUUGCAUAAUGCUUUCUAUCGAACAUUCAGUCUACUCCGUCUCAGAUCCUCAAAUUAUCUGAAACGAAGGGGGUUUGAUCUGAUUUUCUUCAAAUAGCUUUUUUUUUCUGAUUAAAUCAUAUGUAAAAAACUGAUAUCAAAUGGUCCUCAUGUUUUGUUGCCCUCUGUGUGGAAAAAAAAACAAAGGAGUAGAGCUGUUUCUUAUUUUUGAAAAUUUGAGUAUUUGUGUUAGGUUGCAGGGAAAAGAUAGUUUUGAAUUGUAAUGAGCCUUUCAGUAUCAAAAUGUGCAAUGUAUCUACCUUUUAGUCAGUCUGAAGCAGCUUGCCCUUUGAUUCUUUCACCGUUACCUGACCAUUGCAUGGCACUCAUGACCUUGUUAGAUUAACACGGUGAUGAUUUUCUGCAAAUAUGGUGGACUCUUAGAAUAGAAUAGAAUAUUCCUUUAUUGAUCCCCCGUGGGGGAAAUUUUUUUGUCACAGCAGCAUCACAGACAGAGUGCAAAAAUGCAGUUAUAAAAAUAAAGAUCCUAAUAUUAAGAACUUAGAUAAAUGUAAUAAUUAAGAAAAAAUUUAGAAAAAGGAAAAAAAGGGAGAAUAAAAAUAAAACUAUCUACAAUAUACACAAUUUAAAUGCUUGAGGAGCUCUUGCUGAAAUCAAAGCCAUCCUGAGCAUACAGUUACAGCACCGAAACAUUGAGAAGCACCUUGAGGAAUUAUGCAUGCACAGAGAGAGAACAUGCAUCUCCACAGAUCAGCUCAGUACUUCUCGACAACCCAAGAGUCAGAGAGGUUUUAGAGAUGCUUCUCUUUAUUUCCUCACUGCUAUAUCUCAGUCAGUGAAUCUCUUCCAUGCUCUCUUCUUAUUGUAAACAAACCCAGCUGAGCUUCAAGAGCCUCUGCUUCCUCAUCAUGCAACAGCUCCACCCACAGGAUGGGACAGCAGCCAAUCAGCAGCCGGCUUGACUCACUGGAUUGCCAUAACGACCGACAGACAGACAGGCAGACAGGCAGGCAGGCAAGCAUAGUAGUGAGGGUGCCCUUGUGGUUGGAGCACAUUGAUGACCUUGCACAGGCAGCCUUCCCUGCAUUGUAAAUCAGUGGGAUUAACUCUCAGUUAGCUCAAUACUCACACAAUGAGUUGUGUUUUUCAAAGCAUGUCAGAGUUUGUCAAUUUGUAAUAAUUCCUACUCUGAAUGUCCCAGUUUGCAUAAAGGCUAAUCUCUUAAAGCCUAAUCAAACCGUAAUUUUUCUUAUUUUUGUUUUAAUGUAAUAAUUUAAAAUUACACAGAUUCCUAGUAGAUUUAAAUACUUUCUCUAAAUUUACGAAAUAUAUUGAUCAUUUUCAUGAUGAGCAUUGCAUUGCAGGUACUCCGUAUGUGUUCCCCUGUUUAUAAGUGGGCCUGCCUUAUUUUACCACAGUUGGUGCACCUUUUCCUCUGUUUUUUUUUUUUAACUUCACACUUGUCUAUAUUAGUUUCUUUUCAAGAGUGUUGCCCUCUGUAGUUGUUUUAGGAAGUUAUGCAACCUCCUUUAAAUAAUUGUUGCAUAAAGAAACAUUUAAAACCAACACGGUACUGACGACUUCCGGUCCGCUAACAACUUCUGAACAGGGGAAGAAUCUUUAUGAAGCAGGAGAGUCAUCUUUCCCUCUGUUUAUGUGUGUACGUGAUUUUAUUAUUAUUUUUUUCCAUCAUAAAUGCAUAAAAAACUAGUCUUACUUUAAAAAAAAAACAGAAGAUUUUUAUUUUUAUUUUAAGAUUGAAUUGAACCCACAAUGUCAAAAGUUCACUAAUUAUUUGUCUUGGCUGUGUAUUUUUCUACAAUAUUUUAUAUUACUUUGUAUUUAUUAUUCUCAUUUUUCUCCCUGAAAGAAAAAACGCUGAAAUCAGAAAGUCUCGACCUCUCUGAUGCACACAGAUCAGAAAACACUGUGGCACAGUUUUCUGAGCUUAUUCCUGCAGUCCUGCUUGGUUGAACAGUACAGCUGAAUUGACUUAAAUGUAGGUUCAGUGUGUGAGGCCUUGCCAAAUGAUGUGUGAUUGAACGUGUGAAGCUAUUGCUGUUGUAGCUGCAUACCUGCAAAUGUGCCUCUGGACUUUGAUCCUGCUACUCUGAAUACAGCUGCCUCUGCUUCCACUGGCCUAUUUACACACCUGCUACACGCACAUACACACACACACACACACACCGCAUAUAUUCUCCCUUAUAUGCUCUUAUGAGGUAUUCUCAACAUACCGCAAAAUGAUGUACACUCUCUGCUAUGCACACAGCCUAUACCUUUGGAUAGAAACACAUCCUUGCGGUUUACAAUCUACACACAUAGAUAAUCUCUCGAACACACACAGACACACACCUCACACACACUGUCCCUCAGUCACCUGCAGCUCUCAUGAACUCUGAGCAAACACACAGGGUCGGUCAGUCUGCGCUGCUGUUUUGUUCCCCCGGCUGCUGUUAGUAGAUUACUACUACACUCAUUAACCUGGUUGCACAACAAUAUGACACACACACAAACACACACACAGGCGCGCGCACGUAAUCCCUUUCCUGCUUACUGAGUGAGGCAUAAAAUAAGCACUACUUGGUCAGGAGUUUGUUUUACACUGAGGAGACCCCACUAAAAGUAUAUUACAGUUAUUUUACGGCACUUAAAAAACAAUAAAUAUCAUCAUACCUCUGAAUUAGCUUUAAGGGGGUACUCUGAUGGGAUAUGGGAAAUACCCUAUUACCUUAAAUUUAAUGUUUUGAUAGCCGUUUUAGGAUACAUGAUUGUUCCCAAGGUCUGAAGUAUACUUACAAUAUGAAUUCAAGGGCAGCUUUAAGGACAUGACGCUCCCCCUGCUCUUGUCCUCAGUCAGAUGUAUCUCAUCGCUAUUGAUCUGUCAGACUCAAGUAAAGCUUUGUGGGUGUUUAAACUAGGAGAAAAUCACUAAUGAUGUAACUUCAUUGAAGGUUUGCAGACUGCAGAGACCAAAAGAUGUUUGAAGGAGAUGCCAGUAAUUAUUUUAGAGACAAAUUAUUGACAGGUUCCAGGUGCAAAUAUUUUAACACCUUUUUUAACUUAUAUUUUUCAGUAGUAGUAUGAGUGGACCUCAUGGAUUUUGCUCUGAUUUUGCAUCAUAACACGACAGAGCAUACUAAUGAUGGACCUGCCCUUGACAGAGCGCUCUGUCAAGUGUUUUUUAUAUAUUUAUUUCCAGGCAAGACACUUUGAGACUUUGAUUUCUGCUUGAAAAAGACCUCAUGUCACUCUGCGCCGCAACACACACAAUAAACAGACUGAUAAAAUGAAUAUGUUAAUCUUAGAUUUCACUAUAUUCAGGACAUGUUAUUCAUAUUUCUGUAUACAUAAUAAAUACUUGUCAUCAAGUUUCUGUUAACUGCAUCUUAAUUGUGCAGGCUUCUGAGAUGUUUUUAUUUUCUAACACAACUCUGUCAACUGGCAUUUGUCGUACCAUUCGAGGUUAUUCUCUGAGAAAUAAGACGCUCUGCCACCACAUUUUGUUCUACUGGGACUAUGAAUAAAGAUUGACAGCUUUCACAUACAUAUUUUUUUAAUGCCACUUCUACCUGUCAUCUGUUUACCUUCAGGACCCGCUAUAGGGAAGCAUAGAUCAGAUAUUUGGAUCUGAUAUCAGCUCCGAUAUUGACAAAUUAACUGGAUUGUAUACCUGAUGAAUGACGCCAAUCCAGUCUUUUUUUCUUCUUUUAGUUAACGUCAUACACAGCAACACAGCAAUUCUGUUCGCUCUGUAUUCUUUGUCUGUCUAUCCUUUUGCACUAAAUGUUUCCAUGGAAGUCUUACUUCUUUUUGCUGCGUGCUAAUGAGCAAUUUUUAUUUGUUUAUAAAUAGUAUUAAUAAUAAUAAUAAUAAUGCAUCAGAUUUCAUAUAGUGCUUUAUCAGAGACCCUCAAAGUGCUUUACAUUGGAUACAUCAUUCAUUCACUCACACAGUAAAUUAAGUUAAUUUAUUACCUUUUUUUUUAACAAGGUUAAUUUCAAGCCUGAUGCCUUCACUCACAGGACAAGGUUUACUGUUCAUUCAUUCAACAGUGGUAUUGGAUCGGUAUCAGAUAUUGGCUGAUACACUCAGCCCAGGUAUUGGUAUCAGAUUGUAUCUGGAAAAAAAUGGAUCGGUGCAUCUCUAGAGCCGCAAUCUAAAAAUUGCUUUAAAAUUGGAGUCUUAGUGAAGGCUAAUAAUCAGGUGAUUACAACGCAGAGUGCUGCUGUGUUUAUGCAUGUGUGCAGUUUGUACACUCAGUCAAGUACUGAAUAACAGAGCCUGUAAAGGAAGUUGGCGGGCACCUUGUUUUGUGCAGCUGAUCGACACAGUUUUGCACACAUGUGGCUCAGUUGCAUAUUGGUUUAGUUUUCUCUGUUGAUGAUGACUACUUUUAGGCUAAUAAUAUUCUUUGCAUUCUUUUCUGUUUUUUCUCUUUGGUGUAUAUAAAUGACCCAGACAGUGUCGAUAUAUAGCACUUGAUCAUUAUCAAACUUAAACAGUCUAGAUUUGAUUUCUCUAUUUGGGUGUUUAUCUUCAUUCCAUUGCUUGCUUCAUUUUGCAUCUUAUCAGCUGACAGGAAAUUCAGAAAUUCACUCAACCACAAGGCCAGGUCUUGUCCCUGCACUAACAGCUGCUUUUCACCAAGUUAUCUAAGAGCUAAAUCUGCCAGGUCUUGCAGAUGUCUACCUGCUCUUGCAGCCUUUAGAGGAUAGGAAGUUGAUCUUCCAUGAAACCACGAUGAGCUCAACGUUAGUGAUUAGUUUGAGCACGCUUUUGACAUCAUUUGACUCUGUGUGCAGUAUUUCCCUACAUGCUUUUUCUGAUUUUCUGACGUACUCAUCCCUCUUGUUUCCCUUCAGGUAGCUCGGGUGUAGUUUCCUUGUGA